AUGUCGAAAAUGUUGAACAAAUUUGUAAUUAUUCUGAUGGUCUCUACACUCGCCAGCAAUCGAGUCACUGCUGCUCGUGCUCCUGCUCCUGCUGCUGGCCCUGCUCUCUACACAAUCGAGGGCAGCAUCCUGCCGCUUGAUCCAGCAGUGCGCGUCCCUGAGCGCUGGCCGGCCGACGUAAGCCUCGCGCUCAACGGCGGCGAGUAUCUGGGCUUCGUGCAGGCCGAUGGCAGCUUCCGGAUUAGCGGCGUGCCCUCUGGCAGCUAUGUGUUGUACGCCCAUCAUGCGGACAUAUUCUUUCAGCCGAUCCGCAUCGAUAUUGCCCACAAUGGGAAGUUUCGGGCACGCAAGCUCAGCCACCUGAGGCCGUCGCAGGUCGUGAAGCUGCCCUAUCCGCUGAUGCUGAAGCCGGGCAUGCCGCGCCGUUACUUCCGCACCCGGGAGCAGUGGAACAUAUUGGACUACAUGCUGAAUCCAAUGGUGCUGCUGAUGGUGUUCCCCAAGAUACCCACAGGUGUGCCCGAUCUCAGUGAUAUGAUCACCUCGUUCCUAACCGGCAACCGACCCGUGGAGAAGGAGAAGAAGCCCACCGGAGGGGGCUCCAGCCGAAAACGCAACUAG